UCUGCUUGCCUUGCCUCUCUGUUUACCGUAUCCAUAGCAACAGAGCUCUUCUACUUCCUGUCCACUGCCUGUGUAGAAAUGGUAGUUAAAUGCAGCUACACGCUAUCUGUUUGACCAGAUACCCAUGCUGUAGCUAUACAAGCAAUAAUAAUCUUAUAUCGAAAAAUAUUAUUAAGCUCGUUUGCUGGCAUUCGCCUACAACACACAGCAGCGACGCUUCAUGCGGGACAUUAAUUUGGACCGAGCGGGUCCGGUGAUGAGGUCGCGACUUGACAACGGUUUGCACAGCGACUGCCAUAAUUGACCAAUCAGAGUGGAGUAUUCACCGUAAGAGGAGAUAACGGCGUACAGCAUUCUCCUGGCUGGGUUUGUUUGACAGCGGGCACAGCAUGAACCAAACAGGAAAGAUGAACGAUAAAUGGACCCAAGCCGGCUGGAGACUAGAGCAGAAAUAUGCAAACAAGGUGUUAGUAGGCAACUGGGUGGAGGAAAGACUACAGUUCACUCGAGAGCCAAAGAUGGCCAACAGCACCUACCAUGCAGACUAUCGGCCUCACUGGGACUCCAAGCCAGACGCCUUUGAGAGGAGAGCGGCGCUGCGCAGAGCUGAGGGGCUCCCAUCCAAGCUGCUCCAUGCCCACUAUGGCCCACCACGCUCUCAUUACUUUGUCACCCAGUAUGAUGACAGCUAUGGGCGUAGGCACAGCAGUGCACUGCCCACUCUGCACCCGUCUGACCACCCAGUCCCUGCCCCUCCAACCAACUUUGGCCCACUGGAGUCCAAAAAGCACUGUUUGGAAAGGCAGCAGUCACACCUCCCACCAGUAAGUGUGUACAGGUCAUCGUACCAGAGGCACCCACUUAGUGCCUUCUGCCAGCGCCGCUUUGCCAGCGCAUCACGCAUGCUCUCCAGCCACCUCCACGCUGCCAACCAUAACAACAAGGAUCUGGAUCUGAGACAGCGCUCACUGCUACAGGUCCCAGAUCACGGUUCCAGUCUCCUUCCGCCAUCACAAGGGGCUUAGGCAGACACUCUUGGAUCGCCUCACAUGCUGCCUGUUAAUUUCGAAGCCGCGCUCAAAGCGGUGCCGUUUGAGGUUCUUAUUUUUUAUUAGUCUGCAGCAUGCAAAAUGUAAUGGAGCAGAACAUUUGGGAAAUCAAAAGGAAUUAAAAAUUAAACACAAGUCUCAUUAUGUCCUUGUGAAGACUACGUUUACUGUGUGCUGUGUGAUGAGUAGUUUCGGUGUUUGUAUAUGUG